AUGCCAAAAUUGCAAAACUGGAAUAUGAUAUAUCAAGUUUGUUCGUCAUUGCCUACUCCGCCACCUAUCAAGGACUAUUCUAACAAGAAGGAUGGACCUGACCAUAAACAAGCAUUGAUGCAGAGUGAUAAUGUUGAUUUUGUCGAACCUGUGAAUUUGUAG